CUGUGAUAGACAAAAUGUCAAUAGAAUAAGUGACCUACCCACCAGAACUUGCCAUGAACCAUUUGGUUGGACCGCCUGAGGGGGAGGUAAGUGAAGAGCCAGCAGCUGGAGCACUGAACGAGUCAGUGGAGGCUGACCUGGAGCACCCAGAGGUGGAAGAGGAGCAGCGGUAUGCAACUCGUUACCCAAGGCACACAAACAACAGCCAAGGGGGCCUGUCUGGGCAGGAGGAGGAAGGGAUGUUAGCUCGGUCAGCCAGCACGGAGAGUGGUUUCCACAAUCACACGGAUACUGCAGAAGGGGAUGUGAUAGCCACAGUGGAGGACAGCUACGACACAGAGAGGGUUCAGGAAAACGAGGAUGAGAGUGCAUAUGCGGUGCAGUACAGGCCUGAGUCUGAGGAGUACACAGAGAAUGCUGAGGCUGAGCAUGGCGAGGCCAUUCGUAAUCGAACAUUGCCCAAUCACUUACAUUUCCAUUCCAUCGAACAUGAGGAAGCCAUGAAUGCAGCCUACUCGGGUUAUGUCUACACACAUCGUCUCUUCCACCGAGGAGAGGAUGAACAGUAUGCUGAGCCUUAUGCUGACUAUGGACUGCAGGAGCAUGUGUAUGAGGAGAUAGGGGAUACACCAGACCUUGAUGUUAGGGAGGGGAUCCAACAGUAUGAGCGGGAAAGGGAGGAAGCUGACAAUUACCGCAAGGAGGCACUUGGUGCUCGCCUUCACCAUUAUGAUGAACGGUCUGAUGGAGAGUCUGACAGCCCUGAGAAGGAGGCAGAGUUUGCACCCUACCCAAGAAUGGAUAGUUAUGAACAAGAGGAGGACAUUGAUCAGAUCGUAGCAGAGGUGAAGCAGAGCAUGAGCUCCCAGAGCUUAGACAAGGCAGCUGAAGACAUGCCAGAGGCGGAGCAGAGUUUGGAGCAUGGCCAUCCUCUUGCUGGUAGCGGGCAUGAAGGUAACGGCCAGCUCCCAGCUGGUUCUCGAGUUAUAUCCAGCUCAGGAGAAUCCGUACAGAGGUACAGCAAGGAAAAGAGAGAUGCAAUUUCACUGGCCAUCAAGGAUAUUAAAGAGGCUAUUGAGGAAGUGAAGACAAGGACCAUCCGUUCUCCUUAUACCCCUGAUGAACCUAAGGAGCCUAUCUGGGUGAUGAGGCAGGACAUCAGUCCAACCAGGGACUCUGACGACCAGAGGCCACUAGAUGGAGAUUCUCCAUCUCCAGAUUCCUCUUCUCCUCGCGGUGCUGAAUCGUCAAGUAGGCAACAUCACCAGGAUGUCUGCAGUACAGCAGAGGCCUCCACUAACAAAGAGUCCAGAAAAAGCUUGGCUUCAUUUCCAACCUAUGUUGAAGUUCCUGGACCUUGCGAUCCUGAAGACUUAAUCGAUGGAAUAAUUUUUGCUGCCAAUUACCUUGGCUCGACUCAACUCCUCUCUGAUAAAACUCCCUCCAAGAAUGUGAGAAUGAUGCAGGCACAGGAAGCUGUCAGCAGGAUCAAGAUGGCCCAGAAAUUAGCCAAAAGCAGGAAGAAGGCUCCAGAAGGUGAAUCACAACCCAUGACUGAAGUGGACCUCUUCAUUUCUACACAGAGAAUAAAAGUACUGAACGCAGACACACAGGAAACCAUGAUGGAUCAUCCCCUGCGGACCAUUUCUUACAUUGCAGAUAUAGGAAAUAUUGUCGUUUUGAUGGCUCGUAGGCGAAUGCCACGGUCUAACUCACAGGAUAAUGUGGAAGCAUCUCACCCUUCCCAAGACGGAAAGAGGCAGUACAAAAUGAUUUGCCAUGUCUUUGAGUCUGAGGAUGCACAGUUGAUUGCACAGUCUAUAGGUCAAGCAUUUAGUGUGGCCUACCAGGAAUUUCUGAGGGCAAACGGAAUCAACCCAGAAGACCUCAGCCAGAAGGAAUAUAGUGACUUGCUCAAUACCCAAGACAUGUACAAUGAUGACCUGAUUCACUUCUCCAAAUCUGAAAACUGCAAAGAUGUUUACAUUGAAAAGCAAAAGGGAGAAAUCCUAGGUGUAGUGAUUGUGGAGUCUGGCUGGGGAUCAAUUUUGCCUACUGUUAUCAUAGCCAACAUGAUGCAUGGAGGACCAGCAGAGAAGUCUGGGAAGCUGAACAUAGGGGAUCAGAUCAUGUCAAUCAACGGGACCAGUUUGGUUGGCUUACCACUCUCCACAUGUCAGAGCAUUAUAAAGGGUUUGAAAAACCAGGCCCGAGUUAAACUGAACAUAGUUAGGUGUCCUCCGGUAACCACAGUCUUGAUCAGGAGACCGGACCUCAGAUAUCAGUUGGGCUUCAGUGUGCAGAAUGGGAUUAUCUGUAGCCUUAUGAGAGGAGGCAUAGCAGAGCGAGGAGGUGUGCGUGUCGGCCAUCGGAUCAUUGAAAUCAAUGGACAGAGUGUUGUAGCAACACCUCAUGAGAAAAUUGUUCACAUUCUCUCAAAUGCUGUUGGUGAGAUUCAUAUGAAGACUAUGCCAGCUGCCAUGUACAGACUGUUGACUGCACAAGAGCAACCAGUUUACAUCUAAAGCUGACACCUCACCAUCACAAUGUGCAUGGAGGAUGUUUUUCCUCAUUAGUGCUUGUCUCUUUAGUGCUGCAUUUCUGUGUCUGCAGAGACAUUUCUUUCCCUCUCUCUCUCUCUCCUUCACAGGCACAAACACACUGUCUCUCUUCUCUCUCCCUUUUUCCUCUUCUCUCUACCAUUUUUCUGUAUUUUGGGAAGGGGUGAUAAAUAUCUGUGGGACUGUUUUGGUUGCAUAUUUUUACAAGCCAACUUCAUGCAGUUCCACAUGCAAACCAGGAAAAUAACAGCAGCAUUGUUCACAGCAGGAUUCACAGAGAAGAUUAACUCUGCUUCAUACUACAUAAUCAGUUUUAUUUUUGUGGCUAUAAUUUGACAAAUUAUAGUAAAUUUGAGUAAAUUAAAUGUUGCUGAAUGAAAGAUGUCUUUGCCAAGCAGAUAAAAGUAUAGGGUGCAGAGUGUUAUCUUGGAUAUCCUUGCAUGUGACUUUGCCUUUCUUGCCCUGUUUUCCCACAGGCAUUGAGCUCAGUAUUAAAGGUUUAUGUCUGUGGGGAAAAUAGAUACCAAAAGGAUAGCUUUGCCCUCAGGAAGAAUUACCUGCUUAUGAAGAUUCAGUAAAUGCUGCUGUUGUAAAAUGGAGUGCCCAAACACACACCUUUUAAUGCCCCUCUGUCAUCAAUUCUUCAUGAUAGUAGGACCCCAAAAGGUACUCCGUGAGUUGCAGAAACAUGUUACGCUUGCAUUACUCACACUAAGUAAUUUGGGAGGCAUUUUUUACAGCUGCCUCCCCAGCUCUGACCCCGGUUUUCUAACUCUUUGUUUUCUUCUGCUUUGUUUUUAAAUGCAACAUGUCUUUUAUAGUCCCUUGCCUAUUUUAGAGGUUAAAGGAGUGGGGGGGGAUCUUUAAAUACCUACAAUAGAAAUAGUGAGGGGCUUUCCUGAAUAGCUACACUUUUUCUAGGCUCUUAAUUCUGAAUUUGGUGCGCACAGCCAUGUGUGCCAGUGUAUAUAGACAUUUUUAAGACUGUGCUUGCUAUUUAUGAAGUUUGAAUAUUAAGAGAUCUGCAGACUAUUCUAAGUAAUUUUGUUCUCUGAGCCAGUUUUAACACAUAUUUUUUUCCAAAGACCUGUCUAAUUUUAUUGACUUUCUCUUUAGUUUAUGAUAUAGAUAACAGUGGAAGAGAUGAGGUGGGAAUAAACUUAUUUAUUUUGUUAUAUAAUUUAACUUGUGAUUUUUUCCAUAUGUAUGGCACUUAAAGGAGAUAUGCGUGUACUAUAUGCACUUGUAUGAAGAUGAUAAACUGCAGGGAUGUAUGAAAUCUAGGAUUUGAUUCGCCUCUAACUUGCAUGCUAGAGGCAAAAGGGGAUAAAACGGUUAAGUUGAAUCUUUUUUUAAGAGGAAAAAUAAAAUUAAAAAAAGAAGCAAUGUCUUUUCUUCCUAGGGAGAGGAAAAUUCUCCAUUCUCUGUAGUUAUUUUUUUACCAGGACUUUAUACUGGUGUUCAUGCUGAAAUUGAACCAUGCGUUUAGUCCAGGCUAACAUGUUGAUUUCUUUUAAAGAAGCAGUUUCUGCUGUGUUUUAUUGAGAUAGAAAGGCUCAGUGAGAUGAAAACAAGAGCAGGCCACACAGAGCCACACACCACUUCUGCUUUGCAAAUAUACCGUUGGUCAUAGUCACUCGUUUCUCAAUGAUUGUGGGGUGGACUGUGCCAUUUAACCCUUGUUUGCAGUCCAGUAGCGAUACCGAAACGUUACUACGGAGAUGUGUGGAAGUGCGUGUCCGUGUGCGUACGCACACCGAGUACAGACACUGCUGAGAGCCGUGGGGCUCUCUUCCCACAGGUCCAUUUUUGGCUUUCAGAAAUCAUGGGUAUCCAUGGGUGGAUCAGAGGUAGAGAGUAAACUCUGUAUUUCAGUGGGCAGUAAAUAUUUAAGGGAGAUAAUGAAGUGGUGCAUAAACUAUUGUAGUAAGUGAAUAUGUUUUAGUGUUGAGAUUAAUGUAUGAUGACUUGAUUUUACUGCAGUUCUUGUUGUUACAUUAUUUAAUCCCAAUCUCCAGAAUAGCGGAUUGCACAAGAGAGCGGUGUUAGUAUUCCAGGUCAGUACUUACCUCUGCUACCUGACUGAUGCAACUAGAUAGUGAAUGAAUUGUGAGUAUGUCGUUUAACUGUGGACAUCUGCUUUAUGAUCAUUUGAACUUUUUUUUCCAGAACUUUCCAUAUAUAUAGUAAUAUAUGUAAAUACGAUACAUAACCAUGUACAAUUUAGAAGAUUAUAUACAGUGCAGCCUUUCCGUAAGUUGCCUGAGGAAACUUAGCAAACUCUUGAAGACACAGUUAUCAUGCUUCUGGUUCCUGCUGUGUUUAAGCUCUCAGUUUCACUUGUUUCUGUGGUUCUGUCCAGCUCAUGCAGUGGGGUCUUUAACUCACUUCACUGGGAAAUGGUGAAGACCUGAACAUGCAAAUGUAUUUAGAGGUGAAACAACUGUUUCUCUAAAAGUCUUGCAGCCAAGAUUCUGUGAAGUUAAUGGCACCUGGGUGCUUGAACGGUUAAUGGUAAAUAGGUGCUUAACAUUAAGCAAGUGAACGCCUGCAGGAUCAAAGUCUAGCAAAAAUCUCAAGUUUUCCAAUUACAGUGUGUGCAGCAGAUUUCUAAACUGGGAAGUCAGCAGUGUGUGCACACUUCUGAUAACACUCUUGUAAAUCCCAUUAUACUUUGUAAAGGGAAGGAGUUUCAAGGAAAAGGAGGUCAAAAGGGAAAGCUGGCCGUUCUCUAGACUGUUGCAGCAGAAUACAUAUGUGAAUUUUUAACAGAUUCAGAGGAACAAACUGCAGGUUUACAUUCCUUCUUUGGUGACAGACCUGAAUUCUUUUUCAUCCUUGCUGCUUCAUACAGUCUAAUUAAUUCUUCAGUGUUUACAUUAAGGAUGAAACAUCCCUUACAUAUAUAUUUUUUUUUUUAUUGGCAAGUCUCACACAUUUGUUUUGAAUCUUGUUUGAAUUUGAUACUCAAUGGGGAUUUCCAGAUUUGCUUGCUUUCCUUGUUUUCUAAAUGAAAUGUGUUUUUGAAGACAACAGUGUGGUUGAGAUCUCUUGUACAUAUUUAGCGCAGUACCUAGGCUAUGAAGUUGUACUAUUGUUCUGUAAAGGGGAUGAAUAGAAAUUAUUGUAAAGCGUUGGGAAAAGUAUAGUAUUGUAUUUGUAACAAUAUUGUUCUUUGUAAACAUUUAAUGAUCUCUAUAUAUAAAUAUAAAUAUAUAUAUAAAUAUAUGUGAGCCUGGAAUGUUGAUACUGCACAUCUACUGAAUGUAAUUCCUCUGAUGUUUUUUGCCACAGGUCUUUGACCUCUGUAAUGAAGCUGCAGUGGUUUGAUUUGGGGGGAGGGCAAGGGGGAAAGGAGUGGGCUUUUUUUUGGGGUGGGGUGUUUCUGGCCAGCUAUUUUGUUGUGGUGUAUUUACUGUGCUACUACCUUCCUUAUUUAACAGAGCGCUAAUGUCUGUAAGAUUUGCAACAAUAAAAUACAAAACAAAAAUACCUCAGACAAGGCUGAGAGUUUGCUCAUACCGGUCUAAGGGUUGGCUUGCCAGUACUGAAUGCGUGCAUUCUUGGAAGUUGUCUGAACUGCUCUUUUGCCACUUAGUCUGGAGUUUCUGCAGAUGUGAACCAAUGCUAUUAAGUUUAUUUUUAAAAUAGCAUUAUUUUCAGACAAUAAAUGGCAUGAGUGCUCCUAAAUUAAGCUGAUUCCUCCUCUAAGGUUGCACGCCAGUUUUCACCAUAUGAAAUGUCACUGUGUUUGCAUCUUCCAAAAAUAUGUUGUUUCAAGAUGCCUUUUAUGUGACAGAAAUAUUUCAUUGUCAGAGUAACUUUAAAUGCUUUUUUCAUAAAUGAGGCCUUGCUAAAAAUUCUUCACACUUACUCUGAUUUCUGAAACCAUUAUUUUUCUUCAAAGGUAUUCAGCAUGGUUUACUCUUUAAGACCUACUAUCAUUUGAAUAAAUAAAAAGUAGAAUUGUAAUAUGCCUGUCUUUAGAAUAAAUCCUGGAAUUACCUGUGCUAAGGUUAGAAAAUAUUUGUAUAAUGAGAGAUUGAUUAAGAGAAAUAUGAUGGCAUUUGAAAAUCAACCAGCGAGAGCCAACAAAGGAGCAUCUUUUCAGGUCAGGUUUCCUAGGAUUUUCUGUGCUUCAUGGGUUGUUGUGAGUGCUUUGAAACUGCAGAAAUUGAGACAUCGGGCCACAGCUGAUUCAGAAGAAAACUAAAAAUGGUCCUUCAGCCACUGGAUGGCUAUUCGUAACAUGAAAUACAAAUACUGCCAACAUGAGAGAAUGAAGUAUUUCUUAACUUUUCACCUUAUUUGCUUGAAUGAUAGAUUGGAGAAAUUAUAAAGUCUGUGGCGUAAAUGGUGCAACACACAGGCUGAAAUUGCUUUCGGUGCUUCCCGGCGUGCCACCUUCCACCCUGUUUAUUACUUUCUUUUUAAAGCUUUACGUUCUGAUUUCAAUAUUACCAACAUUUUUGCACUUCAGUGAAUAAACGCAAGCCUGGCUUUUCCUUUAGCAGUACAGAUGUAACUGUCACAGAUUUGCUGUCUCCACAGAGGACAUUUGUCUUGCUCUCACCUCUGGUGUUUUAAUGGUUUGGAUGCACACUGGGAGGACGAGCAGACCCCAAUUCCAGCACCCUGGGGAGCCUUGCAGGCUGAGGAAGUUGUGGUGACACCCUGUGGGGAUGGACAGUGUCUGAGAACAGGACUGGAAUUGUGAUAUAAAUGAAAGUUCAGUGCAGGAGCCAUCCUGCCCUGAGGAACAUUGUGCCUUGAGGAGUGGGUGGUCCGCGUGUUGGUUAAUCUGAGCAGGCCCAGGUCUCUGCUGUCCUGCUCUGUCCUGCUCGUACACCCUGGCCUUCAGGGGUGUCCUUUGGCCACAGCAUAAAUGUUGCUGCUUGAUUAUAAGGGAGGAGCCUGCCGAGAGCUCCCGCUUGGUACUGGUGGUGACACCGCUUGUGUAUCCUUGCCGUUAUCUAGAAGUGCAGCAAGAAGUUCUCAUGUGAGCAUCCUCUGUGUUAGACAGUAGAAGUGAUGAACGGAGUUGUUUAAUCUAAGAAAAUCUUGUAAUAGCUCAAAUGAACCGACACAAGCUGACCCUUCCAAGGAUGGGAACUGCACAACUUCUUGCGCCCUGAUUGAUGCCUGUUUGAUGCUACACAACUUGGGGAUACCAGCAUCUGAAGGGAUAUAAAAUUAUCUAUACUAUUCUCUUUCUUUAUAGCAUGAGCUCUAAUAAAUAGCAUUUUAAAUGUGA